GUCAGGGUUUGGAGAUUGAGAAGUGAACAAUUCUUCCUUAGUUUUUAAUUUUCUAGAAAUAUAAAAACACAACCUAGAUUCGAGCAAAUGUCUAAAGUAGUUGAACAUGUUAAUACUCCAAUCUAAUUUCUGUCAAAAAUAUAUUUUAUAUCGACAGAGUGCAUUUGAUUAUCCGGCCUUUACAUGCACAGUUCGGCGAGAGACGACCGUUAGACCCGAUAACGUAUUCUGCGCAUGAGUUUUGAUAACCAACAUCGCCUACAAACGUGAUCGGGGAUUUAUAUCGGAGAAGCAGUUUCUGCCUAUCUUCCUACUGUACUCUCUUUGUGUGAACCUUUCCGGUAAAUAAAAAAAUUAAAAAAACGGCACAAGAACGAAUGGGAGACGACAGACAAUCACAAACAGGAACUGGUUUUUCCUAUCGACAUUUUGAGUAGGCCAUGCUUAUUUUCACGAGCUGUAUAACGAGUAAUGUUUGUGUAGCUACACAACACAUUUCAGUUCAUGAAGAAUGAGACUUCGGUCUCGAAGUAUUGCUGACCCUUCAUCAGCACGGUUUAACGGUCGGUGGAACUCAAAGAGAAAGGCGAGGAACGUAACUCAAAAGGAUGAAAAGGUACAACAGCUAUACGACCAGUCACUCUACUCUGAUGAUAUCCCCACCUCUACAAAGCGCCCUCUUGUACAAGGGCGUGGGAGGAAACGGGUGGCAGCCCCAGACUAUGAAGAAAGAGAAGAUCUGGACUUCAAGACCCCCGUUAAUGUGCGCCAUCACCGGGUGUUGUCGGAGCUAAACCCCUCCUUUCCCCUCAAUUCCACUGUGCGAAAUAUCUACUCCCCCGUUGUCCGUUUCCUCACUCCUACCAAGGAAAAUGUGAGAACCCCCAGCAGUGGUGAUGUGAUGAGCCCAGAGCAGUGUGUGUUUAGCUAUGGUUCCAUUAGCCUUCUCGCUGGAGAUGAGGACUGCAAUGACACUUUCAGCCCCUUCUCUUUCAUGGAGAACAUUCCAUCCAAGUGCCAGCAAUCCAAACCCUGCAUAAGAGACAUUCCACCGAAGACUAGGAGUACUCCCCAAGCUACGCUAGUUUUAGAUCUGGAUGAAACACUCAUGUACAGCUCUCUGAAUGUGAUUGAGGAUGCAGAGUACACCUUCCGCACAUGUUUCCAGGACAAUCCGUACAAGGUCUACGUGAUUCUACGACCACAUGUGAAAGACUUUCUGGAAGCCAUGACAAAACAUUUUGAGAUGUUUGUUUAUACAUCUGCGAAGAAAGAAUAUGCAGAUAAAAUCCUGGACAUCUUGGACCCAAAGAGGAGGCUUUUUCGACACCGUUUGUAUCAACAGAACUGUACCUGUGUUCUGGGGCACUAUGUCAAGGACUUGGGUGUACUUGAGAGGGACCUUGCUAAGACAGUGGUUUUGGACAACGCUCCACACACGUACCCCUACCAUCUGAUGAAUGUGCUUCCCAUCAAAAGCUGGUCUGGAAAUGACGAUGACAAAGAACUUCAGAAGCUCAUCCCGUGUCUUGAGAGACUGUCAGGAGCAGAUGAUUUCCGGGAAGUACUGAAGAGGAGGACGGACCACUUUCACAGAUUGCUCUCUGAGGAUUGAGAAAAGGCUUCUGAUCAUCCUUAUCCUGGAAUGUGUUUAAUUGUGAACAUGAACUGGAGCUUUGUACUAUCCUUGCCCUUCUGUAUGAUCCCUGAAUGACCAGUAGGUUACUGAUGUAGUGUGUUAAUUUCAAACAUGUACAGUUGGGAUACGUUUCCACACAAUAUCACUCUGCAGAGCAAAACAUUCCUAAUAGUUAGAAAAAAACAAAACCACUUGAAAUAGCAACUUCAAAUGUUUAUACUUAAUCAUGCUAAUUUAUUGACAGAAAAUAGUUUAAAAGUGAUCUACAUAUUGUCACUAAAAUAAUCAGUAUGUAUCACCUCAACAACAGCCAGAGCAGUUUCUGUAACUAACGAACAACUUAAACCAUAAUGGUAUUUUUCAGCUUUUAUUUGAGAUGUCAUUAUUUAGUUUUCUGUUUGGAUAAUUCUGGGAAUCUUUACGCGCAUAUCGUCUCCCUUUGAGUGCCUUUUUUUAGUAGGUCUACACUGCAGAAAUGUCACGCAUCUACGCCAAAAAUAUUACGUUCAUGGUUAGCCUAUUUGAUUUUUUUUUUUGUUACUAAUCUGUGAAAUGUAUAUUUAUAUGGAAUUCUGACAAUGUAUUGACCUGGAAAUAUUAAUUUUAAGAACUAACUUGUCAAACUUGAACAUAUCCCCAUCCCUCCUUUCAACGGACGGUCUUGCCAAAGCUACUGUGAAAUUCUAUUCCGUUUCCCCACCACAUGCGGUUAGAACCCAAAGACAGCUAUUGUUGGUUUCCCUAUUCUCUUACCUUAAGUUUCAACAUACUUCACAAAUCGGUCGGUCAGGGGUUGGCACAUGGUCACUUUUCUGUCGACACAAAAGUCUGGGUAGGUUCAUUUCAGACUGUCUUGGAAACCUACAUGCUUGCAAAUAAAAAAAUUAAGUUGAA